AUGGGCCAAUUACCUCCUGCUCGGGUCACUCCAUCAAGGACCUUCCUCAACACCGGCGUGGAUUACGCUGGACCGGUGCUCCUCCGCACAUGGAAGGGGAGAGGAGCGAAAACCUUCAACGGCUGGAUUUCCCUCUUCGUCUGCUUUGCCACCUCUGCCGUCCACCUCGAGCUGGUCUCCGAUUACUCCUCAGACGGGUUCCUCGCUGCCUAUCAGAGAUUCAUCAGCCGUCGCGGCAUCUGCCAGACCUUAUUCAGUGAUUGCGGCACCAAUCUUCAAGGCGUCGACGCAGAGCUACGCCGCCUGUUCUCCUCCGCCUCGAAGGAGCUCCACGAACUGGCCGGACGACUGACCAACGAAGGGACCAAAUGGGUGUUCAACCCACCAGGCGCCCCUCAUUUCGGAGGGAAAUGGGAAGCCGCAGUCCGCUCCGUCAAGCAUCACCUCUGGCGGACCAUCGGAGACACGCUUCUCACAUUCGAGGAGCUCACGACCCUACUUACGCAGAUAGAAGCUAUCCUAAAUUUUCGGCCCCUUUGCCCCCUCGCUGAGGAUCCCGAGGACCCCUCCGCUCUGACACCUGGUCACUUCCUUAUCGGAGACGCUCUCACCUCUGUUCCUGAACCCUCUCUCACAUCCUUAGCUACCUCCAGAUUAUCUCGCUGGCAGUUCAUUCAACAGAAGGUGCAGCAUUUCUGGGCCCGCUGGGCAGCGGAGUGCCUCCACAAUUAUCAGAUCAUCUCCAAGUGGCACCAACCCUCGCAUGAGCUCAAAGUGGGCUCCCUGGAGCUCCUCACGGAUCAGCGAUUAACUCCCUCGAAGUGGCCCCUCGCCUGGAUUCUUCAGCUGCACUCGGGGAAGGACGGACUCACCAGGGUGGUCACCCUCAAGACGGCCUCCUCCACUCUACAGCGGCCCAUCACGAAGCUAGCGGUGCUUCCAAACCACGACUGCGUCAAAGCCUCCUCUCCUCAUGUUUCGACAACGGGGUCGUCGAAGGCGGGCGGGUAA